AGCCAGGAGAUUAGAGAAAAAUAUAAAAAGAGAGAAAACAAAAUGACAAAACAUUUGAUUUUCCCCAAAUUCUGCACUUUAUACACUGGACAGUGAGUGACGACGUUUCACUGAAUUUGAGUUUCAUUCUCCCUCCCUCUCUCUCAACUCGUUUCAACUCACUCACUCGCCGUCAUGACUCGGGGCACACGACCCUUUUCUUCUUCUUCCUCAGCCAAGAAAUUCGACGUCUUCGAGUUCAACGAAGCCGACGAGAUCAACGAGAAUGCCUCUUGGAAGGGGCUCUCAAACCCUAGCAGCAACUCCGUCUCCAUGACCAAGUACGAUUUCCUCCAAGCAUUUGCUGGCGGUGCCGAACCAGAACCGGUAUCCAAGCAUGUCACCGCUGAUCCAAUUGACCUUGAUUCCGACCUAGAAGAAGAAGAAGUCGUGUGCAUACCGGAGGAGCCGGUGGAGAUUGAUGAUGAUGAUGACGAGGACGACGGUGGUGGUGGUGGUGGUGGUGAUGCUGCUACUGGCAUUGGUGAUAAUCAAGGGGAAUUUGAUAAUGCUUGUACAAUUGACGUGCCGGUACAGCAAUUUGCUGAUAAUCAGAACCCUGGAUACCUUGAUUUUGCGGAAACUGGCCUCCAUUUUGAAAAUCAGUUGCUUGAUGUGCUUUCUGAUGAUGAUGAUGGCAGUAGUCAAACAAGUUCGUCUUCAACUUCUACUUAUGCUGCAUUUGAAAUCAAUCACAUAAAAAAGGUGGUUGAUGUCUCCCCUGAUUUCAUUCAAUAUGAGGAUUUAUAUUCCACCCAGUCUCGGUUAAUAUUCUCAUGCACCUCCCUGAAACUUGAAGGCUCACAAAUCAAUGGAUCCAGGGGAACUUUCAAAAUUGAGUGGGAAAUUGAAGAUAUUAUAUCAAUAGAAUCACACUGGUGUGAAAAGAUUGAAACAGCCUCGAUCAACCUUCUCCUUAAAUCAAAAGAUUUCAGAGAAUCCGGAAUUUCAAAUCAAAAUCCAGGCUCUAAGAUGUUGAAAUUUACAGUUUAUGAUUCACAUUGGUCGAAGGCAGAAAUUGCUAUCAAAUUAUUGGAUGUGAGAUACUCAGAUAUAUGGAAUACUGUUUUUGACAUUGAUACAGAUAACAAAGGAAGUAUUUCUGCAUUGGGGAAGGACAGCUUUUUCUCUCAUAGGCCUUAUUUUCCCAUUUUUGAUGAGACUUUUGAUGAGGUUAUUUAUCCAAAAGGGGAGCCUGAUGCUGUUUCUAUUAGUAAGAGAGAUAUUGGGCUUUUACAGCCAGAAACAUUCAUCAAUGAUACUAUCAUUGACUUCUAUAUCAAGUAUUUGAAAAAUAAACUCCCAACUGAUGAGCAGGAGAAGUUUCACUUUUUCAACAGCUUCUUCUUUCGGAAGCUUGCUGAUCUUGACAAAAAUCCAUCAAGUGCUUGUAAUGGUAGAGAAGCAUUUCAACGAGUGCGCAAAUGGACGAGGAAAGUCAACCUUUUCGAAAAGGAUUAUAUCUUGAUUCCCAUAAACUACAGUCUUCACUGGAGUUUGGUUGUCAUUUGUCAUCCUGGUGAAGUGACACGCGUUGGAGGUGAAGAAAUUAAAGAAUCUUCUAAAGUACCUUGCAUCUUGCACAUGGAUUCCCUAAAAGGAAGUCAUAAAGGUCUCAAGGAUGUUUUUCAAAGUUACCUAUGUGAAGAAUGGAAAGAGAGACACGCUAAUGUGGAGGACGAUCUUGCAUCUGAAUUUUUACAUUUGCGAUUCAUUUCACUAGAGCUGCCUCAGCAGGAAAAUUUAUAUGAUUGUGGUCUCUUUUUGCUCCACUACGUGGAAUGUUUUCUGAAGGAAGCUCCCGUCAACUUUAACCCUUUCAAGAUAACUAAGUUCUCCAACUUUUUGAAGAACAACUGGUUUCCUCCUGCUGAGGCUUCUCUGAAAAGAUCUCAUAUACAUAACUUAAUUUAUGAUAUAUCUGGAAAUAAUUUUUUGCAAGCACCUCCUGCUGAUUGCCAUGACAAAGGUCUUUCCUCUGAAGUAUCUGGCGUUAUCAAGCAUAAAGUGGAUGUAGAUUCCCCUGGGGUUUGCUGUUAUCCUGCUACAUGGCACGGGAAUCCUUCAAAUUCCAGAUCUGAUAUUCAGUUCCCGACAGCCUCUCCCGUAAGAGUUGCAUCAUGUUUAAGAGAAACUGGAAUUGUUUCCAAGGACUUGCCAGCAGAAGUAGUGACUCCUCGUUCUGAUUGUCUGCAGAUUUCACCUUGUAUUCGGAGAGGCUUCAUGUCCACAAUAGAGGAAACUGAGGAGUUCCGUGAGGAAACUGCUAUAUCAUUAGAAAAUUCUCAAGUUGGCAUGCUAGCAACUGAUUUCCCUUCCACAUCAUAUAUCAGCAAAGACCAUAGAGCAUCAGAAACAGCUCAGCAGGAAUUCUCUGUAAAGACAUCUACUGUAUCUUGGAACACAUUGGAUACUUAUAUUCUUGAAGACCAGCCUCUCCAGAGCAUUGAAGAGUUUAACCCUACAGACAAGACAGCACUUGCGUAUUUAUCAACCUAUGAGGAGGAGCUCGGAGACUCCAUUGUUCAAGAUUCUCAAGAGGCAAAUGUUGAGCAUGAUGUUGAUGUGAAUGUUAAAUCUCAUUCCUUAUUCCGAGAAAACGCUAAUUCAGUAGCCCAUCCAGUUUUUGAUUUGACUCACAUGAGUCUUGAUGAUGAUGUUAUAUUUAUCAAGGAAGAGUCACUAGCAUCUGAAUCUAAUGAACGAGAUGCCAAAAGGCCGAAGCUUAUGAAUGCAACAGGUGGUUCAAGUGGAAGACGACCUUUCACUAGAAGCAGGUUAAAAGAAGCAUAUGUUUAAUGUCUUGUGAAUAGUGUUGUAGCAGUAGGAAGGUUUAUAGGCAAAUUAAAUGUUAAUAUUUGGGAGCAGUAACCCGAGCCAAAGACAUAGGUAGAGGAGAAAUGAGUGAGAGACUAACUAGCUUUUUGGUACCACCGCGUGGCCCUUAAAUAGUGAUACUUUUGUCAUGCAUUCGGUGGAUUGAUAAAUUUAGACACAGCACUCGAACUUCUUCAUGCUGUGAAUAUAUCAAAUAUUUUGUAAGGAUCGUUUACCUUUCAAGGUUACCAUCGCAUAUAUUACUGUGUUAAUUUGGUUUGCGAACGAAGUUUGGAGAGCAUAUUUUGCAAUCCCACCAAAAUGUACGAACCAGACGAUCAAAUAGCCAGUUCAAGAGUCUAUAGUUUGGAUAGCAUUUUGAGUUUGUUUU